UAGGUCAAACCGAAGAACGCAGAAGCCGAAAGGGUGGAGAGGCGAUCGGGGGCGGAACCAGUAGAUCGGCGACUUCGAGAUCGACGAGCCACCGGAGUCGAGAGCAGCCGCCGCCGCCGACCGGCCGGCGAGACGGUGCUCCUUACCGGCGCCUUCAACGCUCGUCCGCGUCAUCGAUAGCCAUCCGAGGGCAAGGUUUUCCAAAGGAAAGGUAGGAAUUUCGAGUGAGACAUGUACAACGGAAUAGGGUUACAGACCCCGAGAGGGUCUGGGACGAAUGGGUACAUCCAGACCAACAAGUUCUUUGUGAAGCCGAAGACUGGGAGGGUCGCUGAAAACACCAGGGGGUUCGAGGGAGAUCAGGGCACAGCUGGUGUCUCCAAGAAGCCCAACAAGGAGAUCCUCGAGCAUGAUCGCAAACGCCAGAUAGAGCUUAAGCUUGUUGUGCUUGAGGACAAGCUCACUGAUCAAGGAUACACUGAAGCUGAGAUUGCAGAGAAGCUGCAAGAGGCCAGGAGAACUCUGGAAGCUUCCUUUGCUUCUGAAGCUAGUGGAGGGCCUACUGCCAUUGUGACUACUGAAAAGAAGUUUUCUGAUACACAAACACACCAAAUUGCUGCUAGAAAAGAGAAGCAGAUGGAAACAUUCAGAGCUGCUUUGGGUAUAGGGUUGACUAAGCAAAAUUCUGAGGAAAUUGAUGAUGAACCUAAAGUGGGGCAGAAGAUUUUGGAGCAAGAGAGACCUGAACAUGCUUUCCUGGAUAGAGAUUACAGUUCGAAAAAACAGGCAGAAGAAAAGUCGAAAGUUAAAAUAGAUGAUAAGAGAAAUAGUGCUAGGGAUGUGAAGCAUAAGAAAGACAAUGGUGAUGAUUCUUCUGAUUCAGAUGAUAUUAGGAAACAGACAAGAGCAACUGAGAAGAAGCAUCGCAAACAUAGCCGGAGAAGUGACUCAGAAAAUGAUUCUGAGGUAGAAAAUGUUGAUAGGAAGCACAAGAAACAAAAGAGCAAGAGACGCAGGAAGUAUAAGUCUGAUGAAUCUGACUAUUCUUCUGACAGUGAUGAUGACAGUGAUGAUGUUGGCAAGAUGCGGUCCGAACUGGAAUCUCGGAAAAAUAAGAAAUCUCAGAAGUAUGAGUCAAGCGAGGAUGAUACUUCUGAUGAGGGCUUUUCAAAGCGUCAAUCGGAGAAGGGAGAGCGUCAUAUCAGAACUGGCAAAGAUGAGGACUCUGAGCACGAGUCUGAUAUUGAUCGUAAGGUGAAAACAAGGACAGGUGAACCCGGAAAAUUGAAUGAGCGAAGUGGAGGUCGUAGAAGAAGUGGUUCUGAUUCUGAGAAUGCUAGAAAAUUGGGUCAUGACAGAAGAAGGAAAGGCGGCAGGAGGCAUGAUGAAGACAGUGAUAGUGAAUCUGAUGUAGUCAAUGUGGGAAAGCAUAAAAAGUUUGGUGAAGUGAGGAAGCAGAGGAGGAAUGAUACUGAUGAUGAUUCAGAUUCUGGGAGAGAGAAGAAAUUAGAUAAAGCUCGGAGUCGGAGACACGACUCUGAUGAGGGGGACUCUGAUGGCAGUUUUGGUGGGAGAAGAAAACAAAUGGCAAGGGCACCAGUUUCUUCAGCAGAUGACAGUGUCAGUGAUGAUUCUAGUGAGAGUGGCAGUGAUACUGCCUCUGGCAGUAGCACUGAUGGUCACAAACGUGCAAAAGCUAGUGAUGAUACUGGCAAGAGUAUACAUCAUGCUGAUGUCAAGAACAUGGCUGGCAAUGUGCCUAAUCGAGAAGGAAAAGGGUUGAGAUCUGGAGAUAAAAGUGAUGACAGAUCAAGGAAGGACAUUUUUAAUGGAUCUUGGGAUAAGACUGACAAAAGAAAGAGGGGCAACAGUUUGGAUGGUAACACCAGGGAUGACUUGCAAGAAUCAAAAUCUCGGGACAUUUUGAGAGAGGGAGAUCAUGGCUUGGAACAUAGGAAGGAUAAAAAAUCCGAGGCUGAAGUGAAGGCAAGAACAAAUAAAGAGGAGAGAGAUCAGUUUGUUGAUUACUCUCGAUCUCGUAGAUCUGGAGGAAGGCAUGAAGAUUGGAAUGACAUGGGAGGUCGAAGUUAUGAAAAAGAGGAUCAGUUACAGACGAGUAGGAGGAAAGGCAAUGAUGACUAUGAGGAAAAAGAAGGAAGAUGGCGUGACAGAGAUGAAAGGGAGGAAAGAGAAGGAAGGCGGCAUGACAGAUAUGAGCGUGAAGGAAGAGGGCGUGACAGAGAUGAAAGGGAUCGUGAAGGAAGAUGGCGUGACAGAGAUGAAAGGGAUCGUGAAGAAAAACGGCAUGGCAGAGAUGAGAGGGAACUUGAAGAAAGAUGGCGUGGCGGAGAUGAGAGGGCACGUGAAGAGAGAUGGCAUGACAGAGAUGAAAGAGAACGUGCUGGAAGAAAGCACAUGAGAGAUGAAGAGGAUAAUUAUUCUGCAAGGCAUGAUAGAGAUGAGCAGCCUUUUAAAAGUAGGAGAUAUGAUGUAAGGGAGGAGGAAGGACGAGAAAAUGUAGCUUCUGGAGAAAAUAAUGAGAGGUGGGGAAAACAUUCUGGGGAACAGAAGAAUACUCGGAGAGAGGAUGAGCAGCAAGGAUAUAGAGAUUACCAUACAGACAGUAAAGUGGAUGCCUCCAAGAGAGGUGGCCGAUAUGAUGGUUCCAGGUCCAGUGGGAGGAGGUCGGAGAAUGAGGGGGAACACCGGAGCAGGCAUUAG